AUGCUGCAGGCGGCCUGCAGCAGCGGCGCCCCCUCCAUCAUGGACCCGGCCCUCGGCACGCUGCACAAGCUGGUCGCGCACGCUUUCCUGCAGGGCGAGUCGUCCUCAAGCGGGCGUGGCGAUGAUGGCACCAUCGUCACCCAGGUGGUGACCAUGGUGGCAAGGACGGGGGUGUCCACCACGCCAGCCGUCCAGCUUGGCAUGGUCCGCGCGCUGCUCACGGCCGUGACGGCCGAGCACUUUGUGCCGCAUGGCGACUGCCUCAUGCAGGCUGUGCGGGCGGUGUUCAACUUGGCCAUCGGCUCCUCCGACCCAGGCAUCCAGGCCACCGCCAAGUCGGCCCUCCUCCAGAUGCUCAACACCGUGCUGAAGCGGGUGGACCACCAAGUCAUGACACCCAUGGGCGUGUCGCCGGGCGGCCCUACUCCGACCCUGCACCGACGCAUGUCCACGCCCACCUCCCAGGCCUCGCUGCCGACGCCCUACCCCUACCCUCCUGCCCUGGAGAGCGUGGAUGAGGAGGGCGCCUCGGCGCCGCAGUCCGGCGCAGACUUUGUACCGCCACGCGCUGAUGGAGAAGGGGCAGGGCCAAGGUCCGGGGACGAGUCUACAAAGCCAGGCGAGCAACAGCGAGUUCCGGGGUCGGAAGUGUCGCCGGCCUCUGGCCGGCCCAGCCCCGACCGGGCAGACCAUGCCGAGGAUGAGGCGGAGUGGCGGGACGACCCUGCCACCCUCGAGGCGGCGGCGCUGGCCUGGGGCGAGCGCGUCGCCUCUGCCAGCGAGUCGCGCGAGGCGGCGGCGCCCGGCGCGCCCGCGCCCUCCCCGCCCGGCUCGCCCAGCGCCGCCGACCUGCGACAGUCGGAGCUGGCGCCCAUCGCCACGCCCACCGCCGCCAUCGAGCUGCACAGCCGCAGCAUGGCGCGAGAGGACAUCCGCACCGCGCAGAUGGCCACCAUGGCAGAGCAGGCCGACCUGCGGGGCCUGGAGCGCGCUCUGGAGGAGCUGCCGGCCUCCGGCCCCCGGCCGGGCGACGAGGGGCGGUCCAAGGCGGAGACGCCGCCAGACCCGCGCCGCGCGCUCAUGCACUCGCGCCGCGCCUCGGCCUGGCGCCUGCUCACCACCAUUGAGCGCGACGCCAUCACCGUCCUGGGGGCCAUGUGCAAGCUGGGCGCGCGCGAAACUUCGUGGGGCGCGGUGGAGACGGUGCUGCAUGAGGGCAAGCUGCUGGCCCUGGAACUGCUGACCCGUGUGCUCUGCGACCCGCUGCACGACUGGCUGGGCGUGCGGCCCGAGUUCGCGGGCGAGCUGCGCGCGCCGCUGUGCCUGGUGCUCCUGCGCAACUGCAUGCCCGAGAGCGUGUUCCAGGCGGAGGCUGCUCUGGAGGGCCUGCUGCCCAUCUGCUCCUCACCUCAGAUACUGGUGGACGUCUUUGUCAACUAUGACUGCUCACUCCAGGCAUCAAACCUGUACGAGCGCAGUAUCAAGGCCCUGGGUCGUAUGGCUUCCUUGACGGGGUCGGAAGGCUUUGGGCCGCCUGCAGCCACCAAGCGGCUCAAGGAGGCGGCGCUCAAGGCCCUCCUGGCGGUGGUUUCCUCCCUGGACACAUGGGCAGGCCCCAUCAAGUCACGCAUGCGGCGGUUGGUGGAGUCGGGGCUGGUGGGUCCUAGCGCGCUCGAGGUUGCAGCAUUCCUCAGGGAGCAUGGCCCCCGUCUCAAGAAGGAGGCCCUGGGCGAGUACUUUGGUCACCAUGAAGAGUUUGAGAUGACGGUCAUGCACGAGUUCAUUGCCGCUCAGGCCUUCACCGAGACGACUCUGGAUGCCGCACUGCGCCAGCUCCUCGUCGACUUCAGGCUCCCCGGCGAGGCCCAGAAGAUCGACCGCAUCAUGGAGGCCUUUGCGGCGCGGUACUGCGCUUGCAACCCCAACGCCUUCCCCACCACGGACGGCGCGUACCUGCUCUCCUUUGCCAUCAUCAUGCUGAACACCGACGCGCACAACCCCAUGGCCGACAGGCGCAUCAGCGAGGAUGAUUUUCUGGUGGCGCCGCUGUGGCCGGGCGCGGCCGCCUGGGACAAAGCGCACGGCGUGGACGUGGAGCGGCGGCGCCUGGCCUCGCUGACGCGCGAGGUGGUGGCCGCUGGCGGCACGGCGGGCAACCUGUGGCACUCGGCCACGCACGCGGAGCACGCGCGGCCCAUGCUGCAGGCGGGUGCGGCGCCGCUGGCGGCCGGGCUAGCCGCCGCACUGGCCGACGCGGCCUCGCCGCCGGAGGUCGCGCGCGCUCUGGCGGGGCUGGAGCGCGCUGCCGCGCUGGCUGCGCUGCUCUCGGUGCCGGAGCUGCUGGAGGAGCUGUGCGCCGUGCUGGCGCGCGGCGCGGGGCUGGAGGGGGGCGCGGAGGAUGGCGCAAGCAGGGUCGCCGGCGCCAGCCUGCCGCCGCCGGGGUCGCCCGCCGAGGCCAAGCAGGUGGCUUGCCUGGCCUGCCUGCUCAAGGUGGCCACCUGCCCCGAGGCCACCUACUUUGGCGCGGUCUGGAUCGUGCUCCUGCGCGCCCUCUCCGCGCUCGACGCGCUGCUCGCGCGCCUGGCGCCGCCGGCGGGGGACGCCGCUGCUGCGGCCGCGGCAGAACUCAGCUGGCUGACUGCUGUGUUUUCCCGUCGCGCGUGCCAGUCCUCCAGCCCACUCACCUGCAUGGCACCAUCCGCCCCCCUUCGCCAGGCGACGCCGGGCCCGGCUCGCUGA